AUGAGCCUACUUCAAAUUACUGCUUCAACUCAUAGUUCUGUUUCAUCGCGACUGUUGAGGCUUAGCAUCUUUCUACUACUUAGCCUUCCUGACUCUAAAGGAAAAGCCAUUUGGACAGCCCACCUGAAUAUAACUUUUCAGGUGGGAAAUCGGAUUAUAUCAGAAUUAGGAGAGAGUGGAGUGUUUGGAAAUCAUUCUCCUUUGGAAAGGGUGUCUGGUGCCGUGGUACUUCCCAAAGGAUGGAAUCAGAAUGCUUGUAAUCCUAUGACCAACUUCAGCAGGCCUGAACAGGCAGACUCUUGGCUGGCCCUCAUUGAACGGGGAGGCUGUACUUUUACACACAAAAUCAAUGUGGCAGCAGAGAAGGGAGCAAAUGGGGUGAUCAUCUAUAACUAUCCAGGUACGGGCAACAAAGUGUUUCCCAUGUCUCACCAGGGAACAGAAAAUAUAGUCGCGGUGAUGAUAGGCAACUUGAAAGGCAUGGAACUUUUGCACUUGAUUCAGAAGGGAGUUUAUGUGACGAUCAUCAUUGAAGUGGGGAGAAUGCACAUGCCAUGGCUGAGCCAUUAUGUCAUGUCUCUGUUCACCUUCCUGGCUGCCACAGUUGCCUACCUUUUCUUGUACUGUGCAUGGGUACCUCGAGUGCCCAAUUCUUCCAUCAGGGGGCGAAGACAGAUAAAAGCAGAUGUGAAGAAAGCUAUUGGUCAGCUUCAACUGCGAGUGCUCAAGGAAGGGGAUAAGGAACUAGAUCCAAAUGAAGACAGUUGUGUUGUUUGCUUUGACAUAUACAAACCCGAAGAUGUAGUACGUAUUUUAACUUGCAAACAUUUUUUCCAUAAGGCAUGCAUUGACCCCUGGCUUUUAGCCCAUAGGACAUGCCCCAUGUGCAAGUGUGACAUUCUGAAAACUUAAACGUGGAGAAUCUUCUGAAGAUGUAACCAAGUCUUUCCAAAGAUUAAAAUUACAUGAAUUCUCUUU